UGGUCUAGCAGCCCGGUCAAGGACGUGGAACCAGCCCCCAGAGGUUCUGACCUCUGCUCCUUAUCAACCUCCACUUGGCCUCAGGUGUAGUCGCCACCUCUGCCGGCCACCAUGGGCAAGCAGAACAGCAAGCUGCGGCCUGAGGUGCUGCAGGACCUGCGGGAGAACACGGAGUUCACCGACCACGAGCUGCAGGAGUGGUACAAGGGCUUCCUCAAGGACUGCCCCACCGGCCACCUGACGGUGGACGAGUUCAAGAAGAUCUACGCCAACUUCUUCCCCUAUGGCGACGCCUCCAAGUUCGCCGAGCACGUCUUCCGCACCUUCGACACCAACGGUGAUGGCACCAUCGACUUCCGGGAGUUCAUCAUCGCGUUGAGUGUGACCUCACGGGGCAAGCUGGAGCAGAAGCUCAAGUGGGCCUUCAGCAUGUACGACCUGGAUGGCAAUGGCUACAUCAGCCGCAGCGAGAUGCUGGAGAUCGUGCAGGCCAUAUACAAGAUGGUCUCCUCCGUGAUGAAAAUGCCUGAGGACGAGUCCACCCCAGAGAAACGCACCGACAAGAUCUUCAGGCAGAUGGACACGAACAAUGAUGGCAAACUGUCCCUGGAAGAAUUCAUCAAAGGUGCCAAGAGUGACCCCUCCAUCGUGCGGCUGCUGCAGUGCGACCCCAGCAGUGCCAGCCAGUUCUAAGGGAAAGGGCCUCUGGACAGUUGCAGAGAAGCACAGGCUUGUCUUGCCGUUUAAGCUUUGCUUGCAAAGGUGGCUGCCUCCACCGUCCUUCCUGCUCUCCCGGACCCGGGGCCAGGCAAAGCGGCGACCUACCUGGCCCAGCCGGCUGCACCUCCCUCCUGACCAAUGUGACAUUCCUCCCCUCCCCCCCCCGGCCUGGUCCUUCCAGGGCGACUCCCAGAGAUGUGAUGACAUGCGGGAUUCAAGUGUUCUUGGCUCCAGGGCACCUCCUUGCCCCAGGGGACCCAGAGAACUGCACCAAGGAUACCAGGCAGGAAUUUCCAAGAUGGUGCCCAGGCCAGCUAAUUUAUCUUGUGAUCCCAAAAUGACUCUGUGGGAGAGGAGCGGGCGAGGGUGGAGGGAGAGUAGACGGGCAGGCCCCUCCCGUGCAUGGCUUCACCUUGUUCAUUUUCUCUGACCAAAGCUGCUUGCACGUGUACAUACUGUGGUCUCCUCUCUUUUAAUAUAUAAAUUAUAUGUAUGGUGCAGUGAAAUGUAACAUGUAGGUCCCGUAUUUAAUGCCUCCGACUGCCUUUGAAGCGUGGUCCCCCCGUGGCCUGUGACCCUCUGAGCCUGGCUGUCUUGUGGUAUUUAUGUGCUCUCGAUCUGCCCGUUUGCACAGGAAAUGCAUGCGUGCCCAGCGCCGGCGCGGCCUGCCGUCCGCGUGGUGAGCGCGGGCAUCUGUGUCUGGUCUGUCCUCCUUGUUGACUGGUCUGGCACUUCUGGUAUUAAAAUGAUCAAAUAAACGAA